AUGGAUGAAAGAUCAAAUUUAUCUAUACCUAAAGCAAGUCGAGAAGGUCGACCAUUACGUCGACGUGGUGUUUCCUUUAAUGUUCUACCACUUCGUCAAGAAUCAACACCAAUUCCUCCAUCCGAAGCACCUAUUCUUGUUGAUUAUUCUUCAAUUCGUGAACGUAAACAACUAAAUUUAAGUGACUUUCUUCAUUCAGACAAUCCAAUUACUUUCUUUCUAUUUACUUUUAUGCAUGCUGUACGUUUUUUCUGUCAUCUUUUCAUAUUACCAUUUAUUGCUAUCAGAUAUUUCUAUCGUUUAAUCUUACGAGUCUAUGGUGUACGACGUCCAACUAGAUCAACAACAACAAGUGAUCUUUUUUCAGUCUCGUCAUCACAAUUAUCAACAUCACAACAAAGACCUAUUGUUGGUAUAUUAACAUUAAUCGAUUAUAUUAUUAUUCAAUUGAGUAGAUUACCAGAUACAAUAAAACAUAUAAUUCAUUCAAUACAUAAACAUAUUGAUAGAACUGUUUUAAAUACAUUCAAUCUUAUUGAUGCAUGUACUAGUUAUCAAAUAACAAAAACAUAUUCCAAAGUUAAAAGUAUAGGUUUAAAAAAAAAUAGUCAUUUAAAAUCGAAAACAAAAAGAUAA